AUGAAUGCGGUGCGGUGCGGUCCAAACCGCACCAAUGCCCACCCCUAUCGGUUGGCCUCCAUGUGCAGUGUAUCUGUAUCCCAGCUGUUUCCUGCAGUGAGCUUGCAUUUUGCUGGCGGCGCUUCUCUGGUAUUAAAACCAGAGGAGUAUCUUGUCCAGUCUUUUUUGGACCCUGCUGGGAUCUGGUGCCUGGGUUUUGGGAAGAGCCCACAACUGACAAUUUUAGGAGAGCUUGUGCUGAAAGAUAAGAUUUUUGUGUACGAUUUGAUUCAUCAGCGGAUUGGAUGGACUCACUUCAACUGUUCAUCGGCACCAAACGUCUCCAUCUCUAGAGACUACUUCGUCAGUUCCGCACAUUCGAGCUUGAGUACCUGGUCAACAGGCUCACUACCUCUAGCCAUCAUCACCUCUGUCUUCUUGUUUGUUUUUUGGGUUAAGAUAGUUCAAUCUUGA